GUCUUUUAUUCUUGAGAAUGACGUUGUCCGAAUGACGCACACAGUCUGGUGACGAAGUGCACGAGAAGAUUUGUGGUGAGGUCAGCAGACAGUCGUCUGCAGCAAUGAAGACUAAACUGAGAUUACAUGUUUUAAUCCUCUGCAUCGUACUUCUUCUUCUUACCUGGAAUGUGUUUAGAAGACGCCAUCAUCUUCUGGAGCUCACCUUUCCUAGCCUUGUGAACAGCAGCAAGAGCAUCCAGUCGAGAGGAACAGCUCACGACCAUGAUUCUUCGACAACCUUGUACCCAACAACUUCCAUCCAUCAUAUGUCCUCAAAGCCCGAAGAUACAUCUCUAAGCAAGAGAAAUUCGGAUCAGCCGACCACUGUGUCUAACCCCCCUAGUUCAUGUGCUGGAGGCUGGGAAUUCCAAAGCUCAUCUACUGUUUCCCCUGUCACAAACAGCUCGAAAACUUUCGCUUCGUUGAAUAGUCUCAACAGGUCCAAGGUGAUCUGCGGAUCCUUCUCCGCCAGGCUGGGAAAUCAGAUGUUUCAGUAUGCUUCUCUUUUAGGGAUUGCCCUCAAAACGAAUAGGAUACCGGUCUUUUUGAAGACUUCUUCUCUUUUAUACGAUGUGCUGCGUAAUACUUCGAUAAUUGACAAUUCUGUCAAAUACUCAAAUCAGUGCCACGAGAACUUCAUACGGGAGCCCGUAUGUUGCAAAUUUUUUCCGCGGUUCUUCGAGCUGGAUCCAAACAAGAAUUAUACGAUUGGAAAAUUCCUCCAGUCGUGGCGAUACUUCUUUGAACACGAAGCGGAAAUACGCGAAGCGCUGAAGUUCAAGGACUCUGUAGUGUCCCAGGCUCGGAAGGUGGUUGACAGCCUCCGACAGAAAUACAACCGCACGCUGACAGGCGUCCACGUACGAAGGGGAGACUACCUGACAAAUGUUAAGGGAUAUAAGGCAGCUCCUUUAGAAUAUCUUUUGCACGCCAUGGAUUACGUCCGAAAACGGUUCGGUGAUGUCACUUUUGUUGUCUCCUCGAAUGACGUCACAUGGUGCCAGGAACAGUUUGCAAACACAAGUGACGUCACUGUGCUGUCGGCCAAUUCAACGCCUGCUGUUGACAUGAUGACUCUUGCGUCACUGGAUCACAUGAUCAUGACGGUGGGCACGUACGGGUGGUGGGCUAGUUUUCUGAACCCUGGGGUCACCGUCUACUACCGAGACUUUGUAGAUCCGGGUACACCUCUAUCAAAGCAGUUCAGCCCAAGCGGAACGGACCACUACUGUCCAGUGUGGAAUUCUUUGUCGUGAAUGACAUCGUCAUCGUCAUCAGUAGUAUUGACAACGGGUGUGUGUUUACUUGAAUGUGUUGUGUGGUGGUGAGAGAGUGACAGAGUAGCGUCAUGUCUGUGGGACUGUCGCCGGUGCUGAUGUUGGUAAGUUUUAGAGAAAUGAGCUGCCAGGAUGCCGGGUACGAGCUACUAGAGUGCUAUAAAUAGACUUCUGCACGUGUGAGCGCUCAUUAGUGUGUAUAUGAACGCUCAUUGUAUAUAUGUGAGCGCGCUGAAGGCACACGUGUCUGUCACUGUAGAGGGUUUAUCAUCAUGAUUGUCAUCAGCUCCCCUGUGGUUGUUGAAAGUGCUGAUCAGACAGGUCACUCUCUCACCCUAUGCUAUGAACAGAGGACUUACAAAUGUAUACAGGUGAUACAAACAUGUAUUUCUCUAAUAGAAAUCAUCAAGAAAAUUACAUCAAGGAACUGAUACAAUGAUGCUCGUGCUUUCAUUUGUCUUCCUUUAUAUCUCAUUGCUUCCCCUGAUGACUUUAUUAAAUUAAUAGAGUUCAGGGUUUGUUUAGAGAUUAUUUAUCAUCAUCACAUUUUUGUGCUUUUGCACCCAUGCAUUCUGCUGCGUCUAAUGGGAUUUUGUAAUAAACUUUACUGCGCAUUAAACACUUUCAAAUUUC